GUUUACGCCGUACUCCGACUUGCAAUCGGGACCAAAACCGAGAGACGGUCUCUCAAGGUGUCAUAACAUUCGAAAUAUACCUGUGUCCCGUCAUGCCUACGAAACCGCUCUUACCCAAAUCUAUAGCAAGCGUCUCAAAUAGGGAGCCCGAACCGAAAACUCGCGGUGCGAACAGGUCCACAAAGGUCGCCGGGAAACUUAAGGUCCUGCCCGACGAGCCAACAUCGUCUACCCAAGGCAAACUUGAACCACGUCCAGAUGCUGAGGAAAGUCUGGGUACAACGGGAGACACAGAUGACGGGGAUGACGAGGAGGAGGAGUCAGAGGAAGACGAGGGCGAGGAUGUCGAAGUACGGCUACGUCAAAUCUCUCAGAUCCCGCAAGGAACGGCACGAAGAGAUGCGCUGAGGCUGACAAAGAAAAAGGCGAAGUCACUACCUCGCGUAACGGCAUACGCGAUGGCAAGUUCCUAUCGUCUGCAUGAUCUUUCAAAGUUUUUCAAUGCCCGGAGGGGAGCCUAUCAUGCAGACCCCAAGAUUAUUGACGAAGUUUUGUAUACUCCUUACGCAUAUGAACCCGAAGUCAACCAAGAAACACGUGCGAACUCUCUGCGGAGGAGUGGGGAUUUGUUGGGAAUCCCGGAACUAAAUCCCCCGAUCUCUGAAGCGGAAGAAAAUGGACUUCCCGUGAAACGCAAAAAGAUUAGCAAAUUUCACACUGUUCCGACCGAAGCCGAGAUCUUCAUUUUCGACUAUGGAACAGUCGUUAUAUGGGGAAUGAGUGAAGCUCAAGAGAAACGUUUCUUGUCAUCUAUCAAACGCUUUGAAGUUGAUAGGUUGACACCAGACAACAUUGAAAUGGAGGAUCUGAAUUAUUACUAUGCCGACUACAGUCGGAUAUACAAUGACGUCAUCACAUUGCGCAAGGGAUCUGGUUACAUGACGAAGCUCUCUCUAUCGCAUGCACUGUCGCAGUCCGUCAAGAUAUCCUUGUUCGAAGAGCUCAUCUCGAAUACCAUCGAAGACACGAAAGACAUACCAGAAACAUUGUCAGAGACAGGGAAGAUCGGCAUUCCUCACAAAGAAAUCAUGCGCAAAACUGGGGAGUUGUUCAUAUUACGAACUAACAUUAACUCUGUAGGCUCUGUCUUAGACUCUCCGGAGGUUUUCUGGAGCUUUCCUGAUCUACAACCGUUGUACGAUGCCGCGCGCAGUUAUCUGGAGAUCCCUCAACGAAUAAAUCUCCUAAAUACUCGAGUCGAGGUUCUUCAAGAUAUGCUUCAACUUCUGAAGGAGUCUGUAUCAAGCAGGCAUGCAGAGCGGCUUGAGCAGAUCGUCGUUGCUCUGAUUGGGAUUGAAAUCGUACUUGGCAUUAUCACCAUUCUGGUUGAUCUCAUGGCUUGAUUGCUUAUAUUUCAUUGAUAUACCUCGCAUGCUCAACUACCGCGCAACCUGUAUUCUGCACUUAUAGAAGACAAAAUUCCGUGUGGCUUUCUAUGGUGACGUCGGUGGCUGUCUAGAUUCGUUCUUAGGGCGGAUCAGAUUGCAUUGGCACUGGCAGCAUGGACAAUCACAUCACCAUACUGCUGGCUAGUACAGGCAGGAAAUUGUCAAGACUGCUCAAGAACAGGUCGAAAAAGAUCCCGAAAGUGAAAGACAUACAACUUCCGCAAAACAAAAUAGAAUGAUCCUUACCAAAGCCUCGUCUCUACCUCCUCAACGACUCUCACGAGAAACCUUC